GAGUCCGGGCUGAUUCCCUCUCGCGGUCACUUCCUCCCUGCUCAGCCUUUUCCGCUCUCAUGGCGUUUAAUUUCAGGAGAGGCCGAAGAGGCCAGUUUAAACAUAUAGCUCAUGGCCUGAUCCCUGCUGCCACCAUAGCUCCUAAACCUGCCGUCCCCCGCACCCCUCCCCCUCGUAGUCCAAACCCUUCUCCAGACAGGCCCAGAUCAGCUUUAGCGGCAGCUAUUCUUGUGACGACACUAACUGGGCGGACCGUUGCCCUCCCUCAGCCUCGCCAGAGAUCACUUUCGGAAAGCGAUGCCUCCUAUUUGCAAAAUCAAGAAAGCUGUAUUGAGCCGUAUGCCACGGUUACUGAGCUCCGAAUGGGUGUAAACUGGAAGAGUGAUGGUGAUGAAAAAAGCGCAGUGCAGUCUGUGGAUGUUUCUGGCAGUUGCUGCGAAGAUGAAGACAUGGAUACAUUCGCAUCAGACACAGAAAAAGAACCAGAGACUAAUGAUCAGUCUAUAAAUCAAAAAGAAAGUGUCGGUAGUGAGGCUGUCUAUGCUGUUCCGCACAAAAUGAAAAAGGAAAUUCUCCCAGUAUUUUCAAGCACUGAGGUGGAGGAAGAUUCUUGGCUUAUACGUCCUAAUAUUCAAGUUGAAGAAAUUGAACCUUCUGUAGAGCAUUGUCAGGUUGAAAAAGUUGAAAAACCAUUGAUUGAAAAGCCGCCUCCAUCUCCAGAUGUAAUACUGCGUAAAAGGCAGGGGCAGAUGGAUCUCACUAGAGAGACGUUCCAGAAACUGAAAGAAGAAAAUUGGCAUUUGAACAAUGCAAAUCAGACCCUGUGUUCAGAACAUGAGGAUACGAAGCAGCAGAUGAAGAAGCUUCAACUGAAAGUUAAGACACUGGAAAAAGAAAUCACAAAGUUUAAAGAAACUGAACAGAAUUCACAUAGGGAAGAGGAACUUGCGGAAUUGCUUUUGUUAAGGCAACAGGCCCAGGAAUUGGUGGAUGAAAAUGACAGUUUGAAAAUGACCAUUCAUCGUUUAAAUGUGGAACUGAGUCGCUACCAGACUAAAUAUAGACCAAUUUCAGCAAAUGAAAGUGUAAAAAUUGGAAGUCUGCCAAUGAAAGGGCCAACACCUCCAUGGCUGCUUGAUAUGAAAUAUUUAUCUCCUCUGCUAUUGGCAUAUGAAGACAGAAUGAGGGAAAAGGAAGAUUUGAUUCUUGCACAUGAGGAGGACAUGAAGAAUUUUAAAGAACGAGUCGAAGAGGUAGUGAAGGAAAAUGAACAGUUACACCAGCAACUGUGUAAACACAGUUCUGUUUCAACCAAAGAAUGGCAACGGCUGCAAAGCCAAGCCAAGCUCGUCCUAGAAGAGAAUGCAGUAUUGAUGGAGCAGCUUAAGAUACAGCAAGCAAAAGCAAAAGACAACCACAAGCGGCAUGUCCAAGAUGUUUCCAAAUUAACAAAGCAGCUGAUGAUUUUGGAAGCCAAGAAACAGAGCCAAGACAAAGAGAUGCAAAUGUGUCAGAAGCAGCUGGAAGAAUUACGCUCCACAAUCAAAGGGCUAAAAGUCAGCUUUAAAGACGGCGUAGCCAUGGAGGAGCACAUUGCUUUGGUAAAUCAGUUGAAAAGCCAGUUGCAACAGGAACAGGAAAAGAGGGAGGCAGAGGUACAGGAGUUAAUGGGAAAACUAGCAUCUGCGCAAGGCGAAAAGAAAAGUCUGCUCAUAGAGCAAAAUGAGCUGGUGGCUGAGAAAAAGGCCGUGGAAGCUGAGCUUGAAACAGCACAGAAAACAAAGAGGCGAUCACAGAAGAAAAUAAGUCUUCUGAGACAGCAGUUGGAAGAAACAAUGGAAAAAGAGGAGGCAGCACGACAGUAUUUGGCAAAUCUGAUAAUCUUGGCAGAGAAUGCUAUUAAAGAACGUGAUCGCCUUUUAAACAUGACCAGUUGCUUGGAAAAAGAGAAUCAGGGAUUCAUCAACAAAGUGAUGGAAGGAAAUGUACGUUUAGGAAGAUUGGAAGAGAAAGUAAAGGGGUAUAAGAAGACGACAGCGGAGAAGCUCGGCGAUUUCACCGUCAAAGUGACUGAACACGAGAAGGAAUUUGCCGGGAAGGCUGCUCAGUACCAACGAGAAUUGAAGCACCUCCAGCGGCUGCUGCAAGACAGACAGGAAACCCUUGACCAGGUGCUGCAGCAGAAGAGGGAAGUGGAAAAUGAACUUGAAAUAAUUUGGGAAUCGACCACCAAAGAAAACAGGAAGAUGAAGGAACUCUUGCAUAAAUCUCUGGAGAAGAACACGCAGAGCCCUGUCAAAGCCUAUGAAUCACAUUUAGCUGACAUUUCUCAAAAAGACCUGCUUGGUGGGUACGGUUUUAGCUACUGUGAUGUGGAGCUUUCCUCGCCUGCUAAAAGCCAGAGCCAACAGGAACCCGUGAGUUAAGGACACAGAUGCUGCUGUCGCUUCCAGGGCAAAAUGCAUCUGAAAGAAAUGC